GUCUAUGGAGCUCUGGCUGCCGUGGACAUUGCCAAUUUUUCCAUAAAAUUCUGUAAAUUUGUAUUUUGAAAUCAACCUGUUCCUCAAUUCAAUCACUUUAUAACUUUCGCAAGUGGUGAUAAUAAUAAUUGAAACUCCUACUCUCUGAAAUACUAUGAAGAAUGUUGUGAUUUGAUGUAGUGAUAGUGCAGUUUUGGAGGUAAAAUGCCCGCUUCAAUUUGCGACCCAGUAUCCAGCGCAUUGCGCUUAUCUUUAACUGCAGAUGAUACGCAAUCUUCAUCGUUGUUAGACAGUAGACUAUACUCUUCUGCUAAAAGUGUACUUUUAACUAAAAUAGAUUUUGAAGAAUCUGGUGAUUUUCAAAGUAAUGUACUUGAUGGGCUGAAGUCUAAGUACGUGGUGAUUCGACCUAAAAAGCCUGUGCUCGAUAAUAAAAUUCUUAAAAAGGACGGAGUACCUACUAAUCAAUCAAAUGAUACCAGCAAUAAUAGUGAUGAUGGCAUACCUAAGCCUAAGAGGGUCUUGUUCCCCAUUGAAAAAGUGCAGUUGGGCUGGCAGACUCCUUGGGCUGCUGGAGCUGGCAUGCAGAAUGUAGGCAACACAUGUUACUUGAAUUCUACUCUGCAAGCUUUGUUCCAUGUUCCAGCUUUGGCUAACUGGUUGGUGUCUGAAGCGCCUCAUGCAGAAAAAUGUAAUCAACAGGAAGCAUGUGUGAUCUGUGGGAUGCGAGCGACAUUAAUGGCUACCCAAAAAAGUGGUGGAGCACCAAUCAAGCCUUGGCAAGUUUACUCCAAACUACGACUUAUUUGUAAACAUUUGACUCCAGGGCGUCAAGAAGAUGCUCAUGAAUUCCUAAGGUAUCUUGUUGAAGCAAUGGAGAAAUGUUAUUUGUCACGUUUUGUCAAUGGCGACAAACUAGAUCAAUACAGUAAAGAGACAACACCAUUAAAUCAGAUUCUUGGAGGCUAUUUGAGAUCAACUGUGCGAUGUUUGGCUUGUCAACACUUAUCUACCACUUACCAACAUUUCCAAGAUUUACUAUUAGACAUUAGAAAACACUCAACUUUAGAAGAAGCAUUAGAUUCAUUCUUCUCAAGAGAAAGACUGGAAGAUUUAGGAUAUAAGUGUGAAUCAUGCAACAAAAAGGUUUCUGCUACAAAGCAAUUUUUCAUAGAACGUGCACCAAUGGUACUCUGCAUUGCAUUGAAAAGGUUUUCUCUAGCUGGUGGGAAGCUCUCCAAACAUGUGCAAUUUCGAAAGAAGAUUACAUUAAAUAAAUACAUGUAUUCUAAAAAUAUGCAUCAGCCAUUAUCAUACAAAUUAGUAAGCUUGGUAACACAUCUGGGACCCUCACAAAACUGUGGCCAUUACACAGCUAUUGGUCAAGCCCCUAACAGUAAUUAUUACCAAUUUGACGAUAGCAGUGUAAGGCCAUUACCCUUGUCGGCCGUGCUCGGAACUAACUCCUACAUAAUGUUUUUCGAAAAAGACAAUACAGUGGAUGAAACUCCCAUUCCCACCGCGUCCACAUCGAGUACCGUGUAUGGCCCUCAGUUGCCAGAUAACAUACUGAACAGAGAGAAGAGCCCACUCAAAUUGACGAUUUAUAGAAAUGACGACAGGAAAACAACUGGUUUGACUAGCACCUCCACAGAGGUUGCAAAGUCAGAAAAUAAACCUAUCAUAUUGAAUAACACAUUGUGUAAGUCAUCUGAUCUUGCCAAUUCCAACUCUGAGCCCUGGGUGGUAAAAAAAAAUGGUGACGUAGAAAAAGUAAUACAGGCACCAAAAAUCUUGAACGGUUUCGACAAACCUAGCUUCAGGGUCGAUGAAGAAAAGAAAAUAAGCUUUAUAAUAAAAAGACAAAACGGUGAAGAGUGUCAUUUGAAACCCAAGCUAUCAAAGAGCGACAGCGACCUCAGGUCGUUAAAUAACAGUGCAAAAGCUCCAGAGAAGUCCGCCUCCACAAGUAAAUUGGUAAGAAUGCAAAAAUCACCUUUAGAGAAAUUAGAAGAACAGAUGAAUAAGAACGACACGUCCGCGUCUAAUUACUCUCAGAGAAACGGUCAUUCUCAUUCGAAACUGGUCCCGUAUGACUCGGAGUCGAGCUGUGACGAACACAAUGACCGGUUCAAUGAGGAGCGGAGCAGACAGAGUCUCAGCGAAGACAGUGUGAAGCCUAAACCCAGUCGCUGCCAUUCUCCACAGGCGCUCGUCACCACCGGGCGGCUGCAGCAGUCCUGGACUGUGGAGCCCGGCGCCCCGCUGCUAAGCCCCAGUCUCAAUGGAGUCACUCAUAAGAAGGUGAAAGAGAAAGAGGAACGGCGCGGAGAGAGUGGUCAGAGCCCCAACACCAGCGUGAGCAGCAUGUCGCCGCUCAGCGACCGCAGCUCGCCGGGCGCGGGCCCCGGUGCCCCGGCGGCGGGCGGGGGCGCGGGCGGGGGCGCGGGCGGGGGCGCCGGCGGGGGCGCGGGCGGGGGCGCGCGGCUGCUGACGGCAGUGUCGCUCCGCGGCUACGGCGCGCCCGUCAGCAGCUGGAGCGGCUCCCACAGCGUGCUCUCGAGACAGGUGUUUGAAGAAAGACGUGACGAGAGGAAGCGUGCACUGGACGCCACCGACGAGAUGGACCGCGGUCGCAACAAAAAGAUGAAGAAAUUCCACCAUUACAAUAGAUUUAAUAACAACAGGAAUGGAUACAAUCCUUUCCAGGAAAAACAAAACAAGCCGCAUUGGGGCGGCAACUUCAAAUACCGAGGAGACAGGCGCCCGCCACAUCAUUUCAACAAACAUCAUAACAACAAGUACAAACGCUUUAACAACAGGUACAACAGUGGUCACCACUACCCGCGGCACCAUUGACCCCGGUCGGCCAGUGUGUUUAUUGUAAAUAGAUAGUAUUAUGAACUUAAUUAGUUAAUCUGUGUCGUGAUAAGCAUUUCUUAGUCAACAUGUCAAGACAACGCGCUCGGCAGUUAGUCCAAGGGCUUCUUUAAUCAUUGUAGGUUAAAGCAAAUAACAAUUUAGAAAAAGGACUUUAUUUGCUCUGAUACAACUGCCUUGAAUUAGUCUUAAUAUACUACGAUUAGUAGUCUAGACUAGAAUUCAUUAUGUACCUUAAUAUUGAAAUGAUUAAACAAUUUUAUUAUACAUAAAAAUUAUGUAUGUAUCUCAAUUAAUCUAUUUCGGAAAAACAUCUUGUGCACUUCUGAUGUCAUAAUAUCAUGUAAAAGUCGCCUGAAGUUUAAAUUUACUAAACAGUUUUAGUUAUAUAGCGUUUAGGUAUCCUAUUGAACAUUAGUUAAUAGUAAUAAGAUCGUUACCUAAUUUAUAAAAUUAAUUACUUUUUUCUGCCCAAACCAGAAUGGGACAUUUCAAAGUUGCAAUAAUUCUUACACUGCCGAAAGAAGAAUUAUAUUGGCAAGUGAAAUUUUUACCCUUUUAUUCAUAAAAAAGCCAUCCUGCAAUAGCGUCGCUAGUGUAUAAUCCGUGUAAUUUAGGGUGAUGGCUAUGAACUAAACUGCGAACGUUCAGGACCGCCAUUUUAAAUAUUUCUGAUUAUAAAGUGAAUAAGAAGGGUAAUGGAUUUAUUUGUCGCCUAUGAAUGAACUCGUAAAAUAUGUUUUUUACUGCUAUUAAUAUGUUACAAUUUUAGAAUACAAAUUGAAGAUACUAUUUUUGCAUGAAUGUUGUCGCAAUGAUGUAUGUAAAUAUGGACAAAGAUAAUCUUAUGCUGCUCCAAUGAACAGCUCGUGAUGAAAUAGAAAACCGCAAUCACAGUCGAUGUAACCAUUCCAAAAUAAAGAAUAUAUUUCUUAUUUCUGGAGUGUAGGCUUAGCAUUUGUGAAACAAAAUUUGGGGCUGGCAGAGUACUGCAUUUCAAUUCUACUGUCAUAAGUAGAACUAGAGUCAUUCACUGAGGCAUUUUUUUAUAAUUGUGUGUAAAAUGGGACCGAGCAUUACAAACAACAGACUGGUUUUAUUUAGUCUAAAUUUAACAUUAGUCUUUUUGACUAUUCGGUAUCAAUAACCUGGCAUUAGUAAUGAAAAUGUGAAGCAUCCCUAGUUAGCGUUAUUAAUGUGGUAAUGACUACUAAGUUUAGUUGAUUGGAAAAAGAAAUUGUAAAAUACUUUAAUAUCUGUAAGGUAAUGUGGGUACAUAACCUUAUAAUAUUCACUGGAAUACACGAAAGAAACGUUCUACUUACUGA